UUAUAUUCAUCUUUCCGUGUAACGUGAACACGGCAUUGCUGUCGAUUCAUGUUUCCCAUGAUGCAGUUCGAAAAGGACCCAGCGGGGACAUUCAAAAGCAUGGCAGACGACUCGAAUAUAUUGAAAUCAACACCAAACCCAGUUGGCUCGGAAAAUACGUCAAUUGUUAACAGCGGAAACAAUAGGAUAACGAGGCGCCUGACGCUUUCGUCCGAAAAAGAUGUGGAACCGAAUUUGACAUCUAAAAACGUAACGUCACAAAGUGUUCCCGACGACUCCGAUUCAUGCCGACCGUCUGCGGAAGUGGCCGAACAACUCUCGCCACAGGUCGUAAACACACAUGUAACGACGGCAAACGUGAUGGACUUGAAAGAUGCCUCCCCCGAACAUCGACUAAAUCCAAAACAGCAAACUGUGUACAACGCUGAAGACAAGGAAAACACCGCUUUGCCCUCCACAACCGGCCCUCCAGAUAAUGCCCAAGAAGACGAUGACACUUCUUGUCAGAUAAGUUUGCAAGAUUCCAGUAAACAACAUUGUAACACAGACAUUGAUUCUGAGGUGAUGAGAAAAGCGCAGGACGAAGGCCGUGUGAACGUGGUUUUCCCUGGCACUGUAACCCAGGACGGCUGCUGUCGCUUCGUCAGCGAGAUCCUCAAGUGCAUUCUCUAUCAGAGACAGCAACUACCCAUGACGUAUGACCAGCUGGUGUACUCCCAGAAUAAACAGCAAGCCUCAAUGCAGGGUAAAGACGUAGUAAGUCGGAGGCCGGUGCAAGCUGCAGACAUGGACUGGCGCAAGUGUCAACAGACCCUUCAGGAGCUAGAGGAGGUGCUGCAGCAGCUGGAGGUGCUUUUCUCCCUUAGCAGGGUGCCCCGCGUGCUGCUGCUAAUGGGUGGCUCCCUCAUCCUCCCCAAAGAGCUGUAUGAAAUCAACAUGGAGGCUCUGAUAUCGGCUGGUGGAGGUCAAUGUCUACGUGUGUCUUCAUGCUUGAGGCAGAUCUUCCGCACUCUGUUUGUGGCUGACCUUUUGUCCGACAGCAGGCCCGUUCGUUUAAUGCCCACCACAGUCCUGGCACUGUCUCACAGGGAUUGCGGUGUAGGUUGGUUCCGCCCUAAACUACAAUUUAAAAUGCCAACCCGUGUAAAACACCACAUAAUAGCUCUGUCUACUGAUCCCAGCAUCUGUAAGGAACCAGGGGCACAGGGGUCAGACUGGCUGGAGUAUGUGUGGUUUCAGGCACCCAUGACUAUCAAGGGCUUUGGCAAGUGACUGACAAGGUUUGGGAGUACAUAGUCUUAGAUUGGAGUGCUCUUUCUUGAGCCUGUAUACUAUAAUUACAUUUUAAUGGUGGUCCAAGUGAAUUUUGAAUUGAGCUGUCCAUAUUUUAAUGAAUUACAUUUUUUUCUACUUGUGAUUGAAAGCAUGUCACUUACAACAUUAGGACAGGCAGUAUGGUGUAUUAUCCUUUUUUAUAGUCUUCUGAUAAGCUGAGAGAAUUGUUCACAAGAGGCUUUGUUGGCAUUUAUAUUUGUGAAGAAUGUUUUGCAUAAAAUUCUCAAAUUUUAAAGAUGUUGAACACAGAGCAACACACAUAAUAUGGGUGUAAUAUAUUUUGACAGAUUGAAUACAUUAUAUUGCUUUCUUUAAUCCAAUCUUUGGAUACAUUAGAGUGCAAGUCCCAUCUGUGUAUACGUUUACAUUUAUUAAAACAUGAAAAAGAUUUUGACAGUGGUGCAAUUUCUGAGGCAAUCAAGCGAUGAGAUGCAUUAUAGUGUGACAACGACCUGCGUAAGAGGGCUGUGCAUUCGUAUCCCAUUUGGAAGGACCAGUCAAACUCAAACUUGACAGCAAUGAUAAAGAACGGAUAACCAUAAUUACAUUGGUCUGAGAGUACAUCAAUGGGUUCAGAACUUCUCUACUUUUUUGACAAACUGGACAAGGUCGUUGGCUAGCAGCUGGGGCUCCUCAAAGGCUGCAAAGUGACCACCUCGAGGCAUGAAAGUGUAGGAGUAGAUGUUUCGAUACCUAAUUUGUGCCAAUGACUUCGGGCAGUGGAGCAGCUCCCCAGGGAAGGCGGCAAGUCCAGUGGGCACAAAUAUCCCUGUCCUAAAACAAAAGAAGACACAUAAUCAGAACACGAUUGGAUAAUAGGGUUGUCAAAUUUAUAAAACUAACGUCAUGGUUUUGACAGUAAGAGCAUUUGGCAACAUACUUUGCAUCCACUCUAUUGUCAGGGUUGCUCUUAAUGUUCUCUUUGUAGAAGCGCAUGGAGGAGACAAUGGAGCCUGUGGUCCAGUAGAUCAUGACAAUUGUCAAGACUUCAUCCAGGCUGAAUUUCCUGUACAGACGCAGACAUGUAUAAUUAAUUACAGCCAGCAACAGCAUCACUUAAACCUUGUUGAGCCAACAUUUAAUUUAUAUGCUGAAAAUAACAACAAAAAGGCUAAACUGAAUUCCCACUUGUACCUCUCCAGCCCACCAUCCACCAGAUCUCUGUUCCUCAGAUCAGUCCAGGAGGAGAACUUCUCCAGAAGGUAGGCCGCCAAGCCUACGGGAGAGUCAUUCACCCCACAGCCUGUACCCACAAUUUAGGAUUAAUUUAGAGCUGAAAUACUAGUAACAGUUUGUGUGUCUCAUGUGGGUUGUCUUUGACCUGUUAACAGUGUCGAUAUGAUCAUCAGAAUCAGUUUCUUAGUUGUCCCUACCUACAGUGUCUGGUUUAGUGGCCUGGAUGUGAAGGUAGCCCGUUUCCCUCAGGAUGUCCCAGACAUUCUUCUCAAAGAAAGGGAACAAUCGACGAACAUCUUCCCGACUGAAGCCCACCAGGAAUGGCAGAUAAGGACCAAUCAUGAGGGACAACAUCACUUUGAUCCCCCUUGUCAACAUAAACAUGUUCAAGUGGAGACCUUUAACACACCUGGAAAAGAUUAUCAAAAAAUGUUAGCUUUAUCUAAGAUUAUAGGUCUUACGACAUUUUAAUCCUGUUCAGUGCCCAUUUCUAGAUAUAAAUGCAGGUUUAAUCGAUUUUUUUUGGUUUUGGCACA